AUGAGCAGCGGAGCCAGGGAGCUGCCUGCGCGCAGCGUCUCCUCGGCACAGUGCCUCAGUCGAGAGGGCUACACCGUCGGAAGGACCAUUGGCGAGGGCUCCUACUGCCGGGUCAAAGAGAUAUCGAAGGGCCAGGAUCGGUACGCGGUCAAAAUCAUCGCCAAGAACCAGACGUCGUCGGAUUUCGUGAACCGGUUCCUUCCGCGCGAGCUGGACAUUUUGCCGCGCAUCGAGCACCCGAACAUCGUCAAGGUCUUCCGCAUCCUGCAGGCGCGAGAGAAGGUCUUCAUCAUUAUGGAGCUGGCCGAACAUGGCGACCUGCUGGACCACAUUCGGAACCACGGCCGCAUCAGCGAGGACAGGGCGCGCCGCUAUUUCGGCCAGCUGGCCAGCGCGCUCAACUACCUGCACGGCAAGAACAUUGCGCACAGGGACCUCAAGUGCGAGAAUGUGCUCCUCAAGGACGAGAACACGGUUAAGCUUACCGACUUCGGAUUCAGCCGAUUCUGCCAUGACCCGAGCGGCAAGCGCGUGCUGAGCUCGACGUACUGUGGCAGCGCCGCGUACGCCUCGCCCGAGGUGCUGCAGGGCAUCCCGUACAACCCGAAGAUGUACGACGUCUGGUCGCUGGGCUGCAUCCUGUUCAUCAUGGUGACAGGCACGAUGCCCUUCGAUGACACCAACAUCAAGACACAGAUCCGGCUGCAGAUGCACCGCGACGUGCGCUUCCCGCCAAACUACUCGAUCAGCUCGUCCUGCAAGAGCCUCAUCCGCCACAUGCUCGAGCCGGACAUUGUGAAGCGCGCCACGCUCAAGCAGGUGCUGCGGCACCAGUGGCUCGAGGAAGGCGUCGCCAUCAUCUCGUGAAAAUGGCUGCC